UUGAUAGGUGUGUCAUUAGGGACUGUUUCCAGAUGUCCCUCGGUAAAACUUGAGAUCUUGCCGUUCAAAUUUUCUGGUUGUGAUUUUACAUGAGCUUCGUAUUGUGGGAUAACAGUGUAGUAAACUGCUGUCAUGUUACAACAGCUGACAUAAGAUCACCCAGGCUGCAGUAUAGUGCUUGUUGACGGUGGACUUCCCAACUGCAUAAAACGUUUCUCCAGUCACUGGGACCCUACAUCGUUGGCGAGAAGCUUUUAUGCUGAAAGUAAUGGUCGGAUGUGUUGUACCUUAAUUUUGGCGGCUUGAUAGAAGUCUGGAACGGAUGACCGACUCGGUGACGGUAACCGCAAUUUAGGCAACAUGGGAGAUGUUGUGGGAUUUAUCUUGAACGGAUUUUAAAAACCGUCGGGAAAAUGGCCGAGAGGUUGGAGUGGGUGGAAAUCAUUGAGCCACGGACACGGGAGCAUAUGUAUGCCAAUCUGCUAACGGGUGAGUGCGUGUGGGACCCACCACAGGGUGUUUGCAUCAAGCGUACCGGUGAGAACCAGUGGUGGGAGCUGUUUGACCCCAAUACUUCACGCUUCUACUACUAUAACGCCUCCACCCAACGCACAGUGUGGCAUCGGCCUCAGGGAUGUGACAUCAUACCCUUGGCCAAGCUGCAGACUCUGAAGCAGCACACAGAUGCCACCAUCACUCGUCCUCCAGGUGGCGGGCGGCGAGCAUCUGCUGACAACAGCCCAGGACGGAACAGUGAAGUCAGCCGAGAAGGAAGCACCUCGUCCUCCCUUGACCAGGAGCUGUCCGAAAAACAAGGCAACAGAGAGGAGGCAGAUAGGACCUCUCCCUUCAGGUGGAAUACUGGUACAAAAGAGCGAAUGCUGAUCAAGGUGACAGACAGAGAGCCCAGCUUCUUGGCCCAUCAGGGAAAUGGUUACUCUCCCUGUGACCCCUCCAGCCCUAGCACUCCUUCUGGAGGGGGCACCACCUCACGAGCUCGCUGUCCCUCUGGAGGAAACCCUUCUUCAGAACCUGACAGCUCCCCAGUUCUUUAUGCCGACCGCCGUCAGUCUCCUUUUCUUAAGCGGGCAGAGCUGGGUGGCUCAAACACCCAUCGACUCACUUCAGCUGACUCCCAGCCUCCUUCACCCCGCUACACCUAUGAGCCCCCACUAUAUGAGGAGCCGCCCACAGACUUUCAGCCCCCACCCAUCUAUGAAGAGCCUCCCACUGACAUGCACCUCUCUGAUUCUUCUUCCUUCUACAGCACUGGCAAGUCACCUGCUCGAAAAUCUUCAGUCCCCCUUUACCACUCCCCCAAGCAGGGACAGUCACCCUAUGGCCAGCUGGUUCUGACCAGGCAGAAGUGUCCCGAAAAGACUCAGAGUUUGGAGUACAGUCCUGUGGGCAAGGAAUAUGUUAAGCAGCUGGUGUACGUGGAGCAGUCUUCUUCCAGUCCUCGAUUCAAGACAGCAGACCGUCUUCUGCGUUACGGCACAACCGGUGGCUAUGGAAGUUCAUAUGGGGGGUCCUACACUCUGCAACACAGCCAAUCUCUGAUCAGAGACCCCCGCCUCCUGCUGGACUACAGUGGAGAGGGUGGAGAGGGAAGCCAGAGGUUAGUUUAUGAGGACUCCAUAUCCUGGACGUCCAGCCAGACACAUUCCCUCUCUUCUUCUUCUACAGCCAGGCCUGGGGCUUUCUCUCCCUCUGGCAACCGCAAACGCAAAAGCCGCAAGCCAUCCCUCCCACAGGAACUGACUCGGUAUGGGGAGGUGGAGCUUACUGGGACAGCAUCUGAGGCCAUGCUGGCUCAGGCCAGACUUGCUUGGGAGGCUCAGCAGGUGAUGAAACAGAGGUGCAGUUGGGAUUCUGGGCAGGGAGGUGGUGCUUCCCAAGCUGGCAGCUCUAAAGAUGGCUAUGAGAGCGACGGAGCAGUGCCUCUGCCAUUACCGGGACCAGUGGUGAGGGCGUUCAGUGAGGACGAGGCACUAGCACAGAGCGAUGGCCACCACUGGAAACGCAGUACCUUUGAGCGGCUGGGGUUCCCUCAGGCCCUCCUGGAGAAAAGCCUCUCUGUUCAGACCAACCUGGCCUCCCCUGAACCUUACCUUCAUCCCUCACAGUCAGAGGACCUCGGAGCUUGUGCCCAAUUUGAAGCCAGUCGAAAUGCAAGGAAUAUGAUGCCUAGCGCCAGCUGUGGCAUUUUCCCAGAGUUCACCCUGAGGAAGCCGUCCUCGGAGACCGACAUUGAGAACUGGGCAUCCAAGCACUUCAAUAAACACACACAGGGUCUUUUUAGAAGAAAGGUCUCUAUUGCCAACAUGUUGGCCUGGAGCAGUGAGCCUAUCAAGAAGCCCAUGAUUGUGACUUCAGACCGCAGCGUGAAAAAGGAGGCAGUCGAGAUCUUUAAACUCAUCCAGACCUACAUGGGAGACCGUCGCUCCAAGGCCGACCCCCUUUCUGUGGCUCUGGAGGUUGUGGUGCGUGGGUGGAGUAAUCAGGGUUUGCGUGAUGAGCUCUACAUCCAGCUGUGUCGUCAAACUACAGAGAACUUCCGCUACGACAGCCUAGAGCGAGGCUGGGAAUUGAUGGCCAUCUGUCUAGCUUUCUUUCCCCCGACACCCCGUUUCCACACUUACCUGGAGGGCUAUAUUUAUCGACACAUGGACCCUCUGAAUGACACCAAAGGUGUGGCCAUUAGCAGUUAUGCUAAAUACUGCUACAGGAAACUGACAAAAGCUGCACUCACUGGAGCCAAGAAGGGUGUGCAGAAACCCUGCAUAGAGGAAAUCAAGCAUGCCAGGAACGCCAUCUUCAACCCUUCCAUGUUUGGGUCCUCCCUUGAGGAGGUCAUGGCACUCCAGAAGGAGCGAUAUCCAGACCGCCAAUUGCCAUGGGUACAGACUCGCCUCUCUGAAGAGGUUCUGUGUCUCAAUGGAGACCAAACAGAAGGCAUUUUCAGAGUACCAGGGGACAUAGAUGAAGUCAAUGCCCUCAAGCUGCAAGUGGAUCAAUGGAAAAUCCCUACAGGACUGGAAGACCCACACAUUCCUGCCUCUCUGCUGAAACUUUGGUACAGGGAGCUCGAAGAACCGCUUAUCCCUCACGAGUUUUAUGAGGAGUGUAUCACUCACUAUGACAACCCAGAAGCAGCUGUCGGUGUGGUGCUGGGCCUGCCACAUAUCAACAAACUGGUGCUCUGCUAUCUCAUUCGAUUCCUACAGGUAUUUGCCCAGCCUGCUAAUGUGGCCAUCACCAAAAUGGAUGUGAACAACCUGGCCAUGGUUAUGGCUCCCAACUGUCUGCGCUGCCAGUCUGAUGAUCCUAGGGUCAUCUUUGAAAAUACUCGCAAGGAGAUGUCCUUUAUCCGGGUGCUCAUCCAGCGGCUAGACACCAGUUUCAUGGAUGGAAUCCUAUAACCCCCAGCUGCACACAGUCAUCCUCCAUACUCACUCACUCCUGCUUCCUCCGCACUCCCUUUAACUUGCUCCAUCACAUUUCAGUACUGUCCAGCACAAGAACAUCGAAAUACACAUUUUAUUGCUGCUGGAUGCUUAAUCUCCAAUGUGUUUACUUUCCUAAAAGCAUCAGAAAACUGCCUUGAUUUGAAUAUGUCCAUUCAGCAUUUUCAGAUGAAACUGCUAUUUUUCUGUUUCUCCAGGCGUAGUUAACACUUGUGUUUUAUAUUAGCGUUACAAGGUUUUCACAUGACAAUACAGUGUGUGCCUUCACAUACAUUUCUACAGUAUACACUUAGGGUAGAGGAAUAGGAGGGAUUUAGGAAAGAUCUCAAUUCAUUAGAUCCAAAGGUUCAUUUUAGUUCUUGGAGUUCUGACCUCAAAGGUUGACUCCUGGUUGCUUAUUACAUAAUAUUCCUUUUUUUUCCCUACUUCAGCGUACACCAGUGUCCCAGAGGAUUCCACUUUCUGCAAUCUUCAGUACUGUCCAAACCGUUAUAGAGCAGUAAAAAUCAUCGGCACAGGGAUCGGGUCAAGUUAUGGCAGCUGAAAACAUUUUGAAUUUUUGUUUGCUGCCAGUGAGAACAAAGCUGCUGUUCAAACACACUGCGUGCUGCAUUGUGUGUGACUGCAACAAUCAAACACAGAUCAAUUUCAUUUUAUUUAUGUAGCACCAAAUCACAACAAUAGUCGCCUCAAGGCACUGUAUACUGUCAGGUAAAGACCCUACAAUGAUAGACAGAAAUUCCCAACAAUCAGGCUACCCCCUAAGAGCAAGCACUUAAUGACAGUGGGAAGAAAAAAAUCUUUGAGGAGGAAGAACCCUCUGGUAGAAGGAACAGCCAUCUGUAGCUGGUUGGGAGUAAGGGGAAAAACAGAGCUGAGUGAGCGAUAACAAAAGACGCUGUGGAAGAAAGACAGGGUUUAAUAACAAGUAAUAAUUAAACAUGAUUUAAACACCUGUGGUUUUAAAGAAAAAGAUAAUGUGACAACCUUUCUGACUAAUUAGACAAUUUGUGAAGAGAGCAUGAACACUAGCUCACAGACUCCUUGUUUUUUUGGAUGUGACUGCUCUGAUCAGUGUGUGAAUGUGUGCGUGAAUGGGUGGAUGACUGGAUGUGUAAAGCGCUUUGGGGUCCUUAGGGAUUAGUAAAGCGCUAUAUAAAUACAGGCCAUUUACCAUUUACCAUUUGAUCACUAUAAUUGUUAGUACGUGCUACACAUGAGGUCUGAAUUGAACAAAACAUUUUGUAUGCCGCAUUAUGAAAAAAAGUUGGCUGUUUAUGUGGCUCACUGUUGAGAAAUGUUAACAUAACAAGUUACUUCCAACAUGCAGAUCUUGAAAAGUCUGGAAUUAAAGAACUAAAGGUCAGACCAGGUAAGAUGAGUGACAGUACAGGAGAAUACUUUUUCAGGAGACAACUAUUUCAUCUUCUGCAAUACUUUAUCACAAACUAGACUCUGAAUGACGCAUAGAAAGCCCUGAAUCUGUUUAAAAAGGGUUAUUAAAGUGGAGUUUCCACAUUUGAACAAACUGAAAAUGGUUAAAAGAAAUCUUGCGCACUAAAACCUCAAUCUCCUCAUAUACAGUCCUCUAAAAAAAUUAAAGGGAUGCUUUUGAAUCAGAGUAUAGCAUCAAGUCAACCAACUUCUGUGACAGUGAGCUGGUCAGAUUAAGUAGCAGAGAAGGUUGUAUCAAUUGUUUUGAUGUUACUUCAAUUAACAUUUCAUUAAGUCUAGGUGCACUAGAGGAGCGUCUGUGAGGAAAAAACCCAAAACAGGAAUGGCUUUGCAGGUGAAUGACAUUUUUUCCCCUCCUUGUCUUUUCUGACUGUUUAUAUCCACUAGUUUUGCAUUUGGUUAGGGUCAUUGUCACUAUUGGUGACAAUGGCAGUGCCUGCAUCUUUUAGAGGCUGCACAGGUAGUCCAACUCCACCAACAUGGCACAUCAAUACGUGCCAUUGCCAGAAAGUUUGCCAUGUCUGGAGGUUCCAGGAGACAAGUACUUACUCCAGGAGAUCCACCAGUAGGACAACUCAAAGCCCUACAAAAUGACCUCUAGCAGGCCACUGGUGGGAAUGUCUCUGACCAAACAGUCAGAAAUAGAUUUCAUGAGGAUGGCUGAUGUCCUCUAGUGGGCCCUAUGGUCACUGCCUGGCACCAGGGAGUCCGAUUGGCAUUUGCCAUUGAAUAACAGAAUUUGCAAGUCCACCACUAGCACAUGUUACAGAUAUGAAAGGGUCUGGAGAAGCCAUGGAGAACCUGUAAUAUUGUUCAUCAUGACCAGUUUGGUGGUGACUGUCUGCAAAUGCAUAUCCUUGGAAGGACACAGGGACCUCUACAGGCUAGGCAACAGAACCCUGACUGCCAUUAGGUAUCGGGAGGAAAGCCUUGGAACGAUUGUCAGACCCUACGCUGGUGGAGUGGGUCCUGGUUUCCUCCCCAGUUGUUGGUGGGUGAAGGAUAGAACGCCUCUGGGACAUUAUGUUUCAGUCCACACAAAACAGGAGCCCAUUGAUGCUCUGGUCCAGAUCUGGACGGAGAUCCUCCAGGACACUAUCGGUCUUCUCUUUAGGAGCAUGCCUCAAUGGUGUUAAGGGGGCCAUGGGGCCAUACAAACUAUUAAAAUACUGCAGCAUUUUGAGUUGCGGCAAUGAAAUUUCUGCGAAAUGGACUAACCUGCUGCAUCAUUUUUUAAACUCUCAUUUCGGGGCAUCUUUGAAUUCGGCCUUCUAUAUGUUGACAAUUUUUAUUUGCCUCAAAUGAUGUGGCAUUCUUCAAUUCCUAACAUUACCAAGUCCAUAUUAAAAUAAAUACCCAACAUGACUUUUUUCCCCACUGAGUUGACUUGAUGUGGUUUCAAAGUGUACCUUUAAUUUUUUUUAAGCAGUGUAUGGAUCACUGUAUAUUACAGACACUAGGUUCAGUGUCACUACUGAUAGCAUGAGGCGAUUCCACCCUGAGCACACCUAAGCUCGACUUCUGGUCUGGUCAGUACAUGGAUGAGAGCCCACCUGGGACAGCUUGUAGUUGUGGCAGCUGUGGGUCAGGUGGUAGAGUUGUGUCUAUCUGAAAGAUUGGUGGAUACAUCUCUGGCUCCUCCUGUGCAUGUCUCAAAUAAUAUUGAACACUGAGUUGCCCGGUAUCUGACUGAGAGAACUCACAUUUGAGAAAUUCUGCAUUAUGAAACAUUUGCAUAAAUGUCCAGUGCAGAAAAAUAAAUCUAAAUGUGUAUAUCUUUUUGUAUUCUUUCCACUAUUCCGAAAGAAGACAUACUAUGAAACCAAAAUAACACAAAAACACUAACGGUAGUGUCUCGCCUUAAGCAGGUAUUUGUGUAACUGGGAGAAUAUUUUAAUUCUUCCUGUAUCAACGAUGGCUAUGUUAUCACCAUACAAUUACAGUAAAACUUGUACACAGUUAUAGUGCGAACAAAAUAGUAACCUUCAGUGGUUUCUGGUGUGGAAAAAAUGUAAAUGACCUUGCACUCUGGAAAUUUUGAUGAAACGCUCAUGUCCUUUCACUCUGCCAUAGUAUUUGGUGCUGUUCAGUUAGUCCUGAGCCAUCCAUGAGCAACACAUCCAGGAAAGCAGCUGAUAGCAGCACUGCCAAUAAUGCUGUCAAACACAGCACUGCAGCCCAUACCUCUUGACAGGGAAGUGAGAAGUGACAGCUCUUCCAUAAUACUCCCAUCCCAGAGAAAAAGUCCUCAUCCACCACCACCUUAGGUCCACUAGUCCUUUCUACACACUGAUGACAUGUGGAUGUGUCUGUCUCCAUGCAUGUUUGUCCUUCUGUCCAUAAUUGUUUACAGAUUGUAGCCAUCUGUACUCUUUGUGCUCUUUGUCUAUGAGCAAGUACUGUUGUUACUUGUGUUUGCGAUUUGUUUUAAUAUGUAACAGAAUUUCUUUUUUUAUUUUUUAACACAUUCUUUUAUAUGAUUUAAUUUAUUUUGUAUUUAUUUAAGGAUAUUUGCUUAAUGCCUCCCGAAGAUGAGCGCUUGUGUUAUUGCACAAGUGUGUCUGCGUAUCUUUUCACACAUGGUGAUGUUUGACUGUGAAUCUCAAUUUGGAUGUGUUUCUUUCCAUAAUACAGCUGAAAGUCAUAGUGUGUCUAUACAGCUCACUGACUCAGAAAUACACACUCCACAUAGAUCAAAUGUACACUGUCACUGUACAUACUAUGUAAAAAGAAGUAUGUACAGAAAAACAGAUAAAAAGGCACCAUAUGUAAUAGAGAUUGUUGUGAAAGGACCAGGGUGGGUGAGAUUUUUUCAGUUUUAUUUAAGUCUAAUUAAAGUGUACGUUUUGUUACAUUAAUCAAAGUGGCAAUUUUAACUCAUUUCCUCUAACAUCCACAGGUUUCUACCUACCACCUGUUAAAAAACAGAAAGUGUUUUAAAGCCCAGAGAAGUCAUUUGUCUAGAGAAGGAUAUUAACUUUUAAGACAGCGGCUGGUGCCUAUCCUGGCUCUCACAGGGUGAGAGGCACACCAUGGACAGGUCACCUUUUGCAGGGCUAGCUGCACAAUUUCUAAGUAAAGCUUACUUAAAUGUACUGUCCGUCAACUAUUAAUUCAAGCUAAACAUGUUUUGUUUUGUUUUUUUAAAUAAAAAUUCAUUUUCCCUUCUUCCAAAUAAGGAAGCUUGAGGCAUGAGCAUGAUUGGGGAAACUACCUCUGAAUUAUGGAAAAUAUACAGUCACAAUAAAAAGACAGUAUACCCUCCUUAAAUUAUAAGGUUUUACAUGUCAGGGCAUAAUAAAAUAUUCUGGUCCUUAGCAUUUUAAUUAGCAAAGGGCAUCCGAGGGUGUCUAAUUCGUUAGAUCAUUACAAUAUAUGAAAUGCAUCAUAAUUUCUGUACGCGCUGUUUUCCAUUUUGGCUUAUUUUCUGUAAGGUAAUAAUAAUAAUAAUAACUUUAUUUAUAAAGCGCUUUCAAACAAAGUGCUGUACAACUAUUUGAAACUAAAAAGAUAAAAAAUAAAUAAAAACAAUACAUAGCAAUACAGGUAAAAGACACAAUACAAGUUAAAAACAGUAAAAAUUUAAAACUAAAAGCCAUAGAAUUAAGACUUGUAAGAUAGGGUGAACAAAUGUGUCUUCAGCUUAGUUUUAAAAACCUCCACAGAGCAUGCCUGCCUAAUAUCUUGAGGAAGGGUGUUCCACAGAAACGGGGCACAAAAAGAAAAAGCACGCUCUCCAAUAGUCUUUUUUCUGGCUCUAGGAACCUUUAGAAGGCCAGAGUCCUGAGAUCGGAGAGCACGGGAUGGAACGUAAAGAUGUAAAAGGUCGGAGAGGUAUGAAGGUGCCAGUCCGUUUAAAGCCUUGUAGGUGAGCAGCAGGACCUUAAAAUCUGCUCGAACCUGACAAGGUAGCCAAUGAAGAGAGUUCAGUAUAGGGCUAAUGUGCUCAAAUUUCCCAGUUCUUGUUAAAAUGCGAGCAGCUGCAUUUUGCACCAUCUGUAGACCUCUAAAACUUUUCUUUGGUAGCCCAGAAAGAAGAGCAUUACAAUAAUCAAUGCGUGAGGACACAAAUGCAUGGACAAGAACCUCUGCAGUGUCGCUUGACAAAACUUGUCUGAUUCUGGCGAUGUUCCUCAAAUGAUAAAAGGCGGUCUUUGUUAUCUCUUUUACAUGAGACUCGAAAGAGAGCACCAUGUCGAACCACACGCCCAAGUUUUUUACCUUGUCCCUACAAAAAAAACAACAACUUGGUAGCAGCUCAUCAACACAUUUGACCAACCCUAUAAAAGUCUUGGCAUUGUGUUAACACAAUUGAAAGGAGGAAAGUAAUCAGCAAUUAUCUUAAAGCAACUGGUUGACUGCUGAAGCAUCACUGGGCAAGAUGGUGAACCCCAAGAUGACCAGCAUGCAUCCACCACAGUGUGUGUGAAUGUUUGAAAGUGCUUAGCCAUGAUUUGUCAUUUGAAUUUUUUUUAAAAAACACUAAGUACCAGCCCAUUUGCUCUCUCUCAAAAUAACAUGGCAGCAUUGCCUAGCUUUUAAAAACUGUAUCUGAAUGCACAGUGCCACACAUGGAGACACAACAAACACCAAGGGGUGAUCAUUGGGUUUGUUGAGCAGUCACUGAGUCUACCAUGAACACCUUUAUAUACCAACUAUUUCUUGAGUGAAAUGUGAGGUUAAAUCUGUCCAACAGCUAAAACUUAGUCAGACUUCAGUUAUGCAACAAUGAAAAUGACCCCAAGCACACCAGUAGGUCAACAACAGACUUUGAAAUGCUACGGCAUGAAGAUGAGAGUUGAAUGCCCACAAAGCGCAAUGAACGGGAAAAAAAUUAACUGACAAAAUGUAAAAAUUGUGGAGGAAUUUUUACUCCACUCUAGUCAUACAGAAAAUGAUUACUUCAAAUUAUUGCUGAUAAAAGCUCUAAAAUUAUGCAGUCUACCUAAUUUUUCUACUCACCGCGUCUGCAGUUUAUUUUUGGGGGGGUAAAUAUAUAAUUACACAGUGAAUGUGUUGUUCAUCUGAUGUUGCAUUUAACUAGUUUUAAGAAAACCAGGUAAGAACUACCUGAUGUUUUAUUCUGUCUUGAUAUGUAAACCUAAGAACUGACAGAGGGUGUGCUUUAUUAAUCAGGACUUGUAAACAGGAGUUGACUCAAAGUGCUGUGGUAUGUUUGAAAUGAAGUGUCUUUGGAUCUAGGAAAAAAUAGUUUGAAGUAUUACAAUACUUUAUGUAUUAUUAUUAUAUUACAAAGAAUUUCUGAAUUUUUCUGUUUCCCAGUAAAGAAUUCUCUCAUUAAUUAUGCAACAAUAUCCAACAGAUAAAGUACAGCGAAGUUUUUCAGUCUGAAAUAAGACGUGUGUAAACAAACAAACCAAAAUCU